AUGAAUGAGGAGAUGAGGACCAUCGCGCGGGAGAGGGAGAACGCUCCCUUUGAUGUUCGCGAACUCACCCACGUUAUCUACGGCGGUCCGCAAGCCACGGCACUCAAGGAGCGCAUGGCGUUGAUCAUUGAGCGGGACCCUGUUCUCUUUGUGAAGAACUACUACGACAUGACCAGGCCUGAGGCCCGCCAAAAGUGCAUGGCGCAAGUGCGCAGAGCCCUGCAGAUCGCCCAGCAGCUCAAGCCCGAGGAGCAACGCGCCUUCUCGCAGGCUAUCGCAUCGUACGACCGCACCUUGUCCAUGCGCCUCUACGUCCAUUGCACGCUCUUCAAAGAGUCCAUCUACACACACGGCACCAAAGAGCAGUGGCUCAAGUGGAAAGACGACAUUGAAUCGGCGCGCGUGCUGGGCUGUUUCGCGAUGACCGAACUCGGUCACUCGUCGUUCCUGCGCGGCAUCGAAACCACGGCCACCUACGACAAGGCCACCGGGGAGUUCAUCCUCCACUCGCCCACGCUGACGGCCUCCAAGUGGUGGAUUGGCAUGGCCGGCGAGACGGCGACCCACACCGUGGCCAUCGCUCGCCUGAUCGUUGACAACAAGGACCUCGGGCUUAAUUGGUUCGUUGUUCAGCUCCGCAGUCUGGUCGAUGGUACGCUCAUGCCUGGAGUCACCUGCGGAGACAUCGGCGCCAAAAUGGGCCGUGCCGGGUAUAUCACCCACGUCGCCCAACAGCUCCAGGCUGACGUGGUGGCCGGGAAGGACGUGGAGGAGGCGUGGAACGACAACCUCAUGGCCCUCGUCUCCUGCUCCCGAGUGCACACGUGGUACUUUGUGGUGAACUUCUUCCACCAGGUGGUCGAAGAGCAGCGCCAGCAGCGCACGAACGCCGAUGGCCAGGCCGGUAUCGCGCCGACGCUGCACAAGCUGUGCCUCCUCUUCGCCCUCGACCGAGUCCACGCCGAGGCCGCCCUCUUCCUCGAGUACGGCUACAUCACAGGUGAGGAGGCAGCGCUGGUGCGCAGGAGCCACCUGAAACUGUGCCGCGAGGUGCGCAAGGACGCCGUACUGCUGACCGACGCCCUCGCCAUUCCCGACUACGUGCUCAAGGCGCCCUUCGGCGCCUACGACGGCGACAUCUACCGGAACUCAGUGUUGACUAACCACAUUCCCCACACCAUGUACAACUUGAAGGUGGUCACCAGCGCACCGCAGACCAACGUCAACGGACGUCCCUUCUACUACGAGGAGAGUGUGGCACCGCUCAUACGCGGCGUGGACCUUGCCGGCCGCAGUCCCGCCAAGCUCUGA